AUGAGGAGUCACCAUAGAGACAGCAUGCAAAAAAGAUGGCUGCAAAGACAACUGUAGUGUCAGACACAAAGUUAGCGCUAGAGCUGCUAACAAGACUUCAAGAGACGCUAAAUAGAGCUUCUGACAAGAAUGACAGCCUCUUAGAGUCAAUUGAGACCUCUGAAACAAGGGCGCAGGAGAGAGGUGGUGAAGAGGCUUCACUGUUGAGGAACCUCCGUGCACGUCUAGCUGCUACACACGCUCCUAAUGUUGCGUUGAAGAGAGAUCUUGGCACUUUUGCAGGCACCUUUGAGAAGCGCUACAAGGAUCUUGAUGGUUGUCUGAAGGAGAAUCAGGCAUUACAGUUUCAACUGAAGAGAAAUGAAAGGGACCUGGAACAGCGUAUUAAAAACUAUGAGGAGGAAAGAAAGCAGUUUGAGGAAGAGAGAGCUAUUUGGAAGGAGGAGCUGGAGAGAGAGAGAAUUGAAGCCAUUGAGCAAAACGAUAGACUAACGGUGCUAUCAGAACAACUGGCUGGUGUGAAGGUGGAGCUAGACAAAAAGAAAAGUGAUUUGGCCUCUCUGAGAAUUGCCUUUGAGGAAGAGAAGCUAGAGAGACUAAACUCUGACGGGCCAGCACCAGAUUCUGAGGCCGAGGCUCUCAGACUAAAACUGAAAGAACAGGUGAUUCGCAACGUCCAACUGGAGAAUGCUCUACUUCAGACAGAGCUUAGUCUGCAUCAGAAAGAAGGGGCUUUAGUGGAGUUGGGUGGACGUAAUGAUCGUCUCCAGCAAGACAUCCUCCAAAGCCGAAUGGCCUCUUCGAGAGCUGUGAAACAGUUUGAAAAAAGAACAAUGGAAGCUAACAAGAAGCUCUCUCAGAUGAACUCUGAACUCUCUAAUGCCCAUGAGCAUGCUCGGAGAUUUCAAGACAUGUUAGCAGCAGAAAGACGCAAACAGAAAGGACUCAAACAUGCUUUGGAGCAAGAGCUUCAGAAGAAAUCUACAUCAAGAGGAGGAGAUGGUAUGAGCACAGCUGCCCAGAGGGCCUACAUUGACACUCUGUCAGAGACUCUGGUAGGCACAGGCAAAUCUCAAAAUCCAAUGAGAGUGGAUGACGUUGUCAGGAAAAAUGAGGUUGUGUUGGUGGAGAGUGCAAAUCUGAAGGCUGAGAUACGGAGACUUCGAAUUGAAAAUGGUGACCUGAUGAAGAGGGUUCGAUUUGCUGACAGUAAUGCACACUACAUGAGAAACCAAGUGGUGGCUAAUGUGGCAGACAGGGCUGAGCUUGUUAAGAGACUGGAAAAGGCAGAGGCCCAGUACCAUAGUCUGGACCAGUCUCUCUCCAAGCAAGCUGCUGACUGGGUGUCUUCUAAGCAGAAACAGACAAAGUCGGAAAGAGCGAUAAAAUGGACCAAGAUUGAGCCAGUGCCAGUUCUUGGGGCGAGUGAGAGGACGUGGAACAGUGCUCCUAGCUCAGGACGGUCACAGGCUCUCUCAAGGUCCAUACAAGUACACAAGUGGUGAUCCCUUCGUGUUGAGAUCAACGCUUUAUAGAACACUCUGUCAGUGUUUAUUUACAUGUGUGUCAAAUAUUUGGUGGUGUUUGUUUGUGUUAAUUGUCAUUCCAUGGUAACACUUAUACACUUAAUUUAGCGCUAUCUAUGUAAAUCCAACAUUUUGUUUUAACAUGAAUGCCUGUAUACAUGAA